CUGGAUGUGGUUUCCUAUUUCAUCUCACAAGCUAAAGGGGGAGAAAGCUCUCGCCUUUCUCUUCUUUCUACUACUUCUCAGUUCGCUUCUCCAUGGGGUUCAGACGGAGUUCCUUCUAUCUUUAUUAAAGCGAAGCGCGAGAGAAUCUUUACUUGGUUUUCUCCAUUGUGGUGGUUCCGGUGUUGACGUGAUUGGCGUUGCUAAGAAAUCGAAGCAAUGAGGGCUCUUGCGGUCCCUUGUUCCUCCUAAUCCCCUUUCUGACUACUUUGUCCUUGUUUUCUUCUCUAUAUGUGGAUUGAACUCGUGCCAGGUUUUAUGAAGUAGUAGAAGGAGAACGGGUGUUUGGGUUGGGGCAGCGGAGAAUGAGAGAGGGCCUGCAGGAUGGGCAAUUGUGGAACGAGAGAGGAAUCCGCAGUGGCCGCAGCUCAUGUUCAAGUGCAAAAUGUCCAAUUGCCUCAACAAGCAGCAAGGAACUCCUUGUCGGGGAAGAAGCAAAACCGCUCCUUCUCAGAAAUGAGUGAUCCUUCAACACCACGGAAUUUCGCCGACUCGAGGAAUAUUGCAAUAUACACUGACAUGAUAGCUUUUACAUUGUUUGAGCUUGAGACCAUUACAAAGAGCUUCCGUCCUGAUUAUGUUCUUGGGGAAGGCGGAUUUGGAACAGUUUACAAGGGAUAUAUUGAUGAGAAUGUGAGGACUGGUCUGAAAUCUUUGCCAGUUGCUGUGAAGGUACUUAACAAGCAAGGCCUUCAGGGACAUAAGGAAUGGCUUACAGAGGUUAAUUUUCUAGGACAGUUAAGACAUCCUAAUCUAGUGAAGCUGAUUGGAUAUUGCUGUGAGGAUGAUCACAGGCUCCUUGUCUAUGAGUUUAUGUUCCGGGGAAGCCUUGAGAAUCACCUAUUUCGAAAGACAACUACUCCAUUAUCUUGGGCAACAAGAAUGAUGAUUGCACUAGGUGCUGCCAAAGGGCUUGCUUUCCUUCACAACGCAGAAAAACCUGUCAUCUACCGGGAUUUUAAGACCUCAAAUAUAUUAUUGGACUCUGAUUUUACAGCCAAGCUAUCUGAUUUUGGUCUUGCAAAAGCAGGGCCACAAGGUGAUGAGACCCAUGUCUCAACACGGGUUAUGGGCACCUAUGGAUAUGCUGCUCCAGAAUAUGUCAUGACCGGUCAUUUGACCUCAAGGAGUGAUGUCUACAGCUUUGGAGUAGUCCUUCUUGAGCUUUUAACUGGCCAGAAAUCAAUAGACAAGACCAGGCCUGGCAAGGAGCAGAGCCUUGUUGACUGGGCUCGUCCCAGGCUCAAUGACAAGAAGAAGCUGCUCCAGAUUGUAGAUCCGAAUCUUGAGGGCCAACACUCCAUGAGAGCGGUACAGAAAGCUUGCAGUCUGGCCUACUACUGCCUGAGCCAGAACCCGAAAGCAAGACCUCUUAUGAGCGAUGUUGUGGAGACAUUGGAACCACUGCAGGAGAGCAUUGGAGCAAAUGGAGUCCCUGACUGCCGGAUGAACAGAAGGCUUGCAGCUACCAGCAUGGGAUGCCGACCGAUUCCAGCUGCGAAGUGUUCUUCUCCAGGUGCUGUGGCUGCUUGCCGGGUGAGGUGAAGCUCCUCUUGUACAUUUGACAAUACCGUUUAUUUGUCUACUAUGUGCGUCUUUUUGUGUUGUUUUCUGUGGGUUAUUUUCUUUCUUUUGUUUCUUAAUGGUUUUCAUGAAUUCUAAGAUUGCUAAUGCUGCAAUUUUAGCACAGAAAACCUUGCCAAAGGCUGGGUUUUUGUUCAAGAAAUCAAAGUUUAGCUGUGCAUACUCAAUAGCCUGAUGAUUUUUUUGUUACCUCAGUGCUGGUUUGAGGAUGUGGUGAAUGUAGUGGUUGUUGUUGUAGCUAUGAUUUCAUUUUCCAAAUGCCCAUGUUAUCUGGUUUCUAA